AUGCAAUGUGAAACAUAAAUAAAGCGUAUUAGUUUUCAAUAAAUCAUGACUUAAUACUCAAGUCUAAACUGUUAAAAUGAAAUAAUAUAUUUAAAAACGUAACUGCCACUUACGUAUUUCUUUUUAAUUAAUGACAUUAUGGAUGGUUUAAUUCACGCGGCAUUGGAAGCAGAGGUAAUACUUAACCGGGCUAAACAUGUGAAUACAAAUCUAACACACUUUGACAGUGGUGCCUCAGAUCAUAAAAUGACUUGGACUCUUGAAAAGAUGCAUCUAGCAGAAUCUGUUGAUGACUCUAGAAUGAAGUUUCAAAGAAAUUCCGUCAGUUCAGCGGGCAAAAGUGCAGAAAAGUUUGAUCUAUUCAAAAACCUUCAUGAACUAUACAAUGAGCUCAGUAGAGAUGAAUCUUCACAGGCUAACUAUCAAGGGUUAAAGACUACUUCGUAUCUAUUGGAAAAGUUGUUGGCAACAUACAAUCUAAACACAUUAAUAAUUAAUUUAUAUCCAGGCAAUAAAGGUUACUCCCUUUCUUUAAAAGUAAAUGGAAACACUCAGCUCAUUCAACCUCCAGAUGCAAAUGCAUCAUCAAGUCAAGAUGAAACUUUAAUUGAAACUCCAAGGUGGCCAUAUGAAGAGGAAGAGCUAUUGAGUUACAUAGAUAAUGAAGAAUUACCUGUAGUGCUGCUAGACCUUCUCGAGGCUGAACACUCUUGUCUCUUUUAUUCUGGUUGCAUUAUAGCCCAAAUAAGAGACUAUCGGCAGGCAUAUCCUAGUUUUGUAUGUGAUACACAUCAUGUACUAUUAAGACCGACGAAUCAGAGCAUAAUAACGGACGCCAUGUGUAUUGGGGGUCGUUGCGGAUGGGCGGGCGAGGAGCGCGGCGCACUGGAAGCCGUGGAGGCGGCGCUGGUGCACGCGGCUGCGCCGCCCCUGUGCCUGGAGCCGAGACCCGCGGUCGGCCUGCUGGCUGCGCGGCUGCACGCUGCCCCGCGAUUGUUCAACACGCCGCGGAUUCGACGGCAAGCGAAAAGAUUUUCGCAGGUGGCUGUUAACAGGAAAAGGAAAUUGGACCAAUUUACUCAUUUCCAUGGACUAGAGCUGCUGGAAUUAAUACAUCGUCAAAGAGCAAAGAACAGUAGGCAAUCAGUUCCUCAUACACGACUCACAUCAAAGUUCCCUAAGAAACCACCAGAGGUGUUCAAGCCGAUAGAGCCACCGAAGAUGGAGCCCUUGCCCCUGGCGCUGCCGUCCGAGCCGAGCGGCCCGCUGCGCCUGGCGCGCGCCUACGAGCGGCCGCGCCCCACGCCCGACUGCCUGCCGCAGCUCGUCGAGGAGUACAUCCUGGAGACCGAGAAGACGUCCCCGCACGCCGGCGCGGGCUUCUUCCAUAUCAAGCUGUCGAUAUUACAACGACCGUCCGACCAAGAGUUCCUAGGAGAAUUGUAUGUGGAUAGAGACCACGUGGAAGGGGAGAGAAAUGGUGCGGCGUGUAGAUUUACUUUAGGUUCACGACUGCAGGCGAAUAAGUAUAUACAGCAAUUCACGGAAAUAUUCACGGAAGAAGGAAGAAAAUCUGUUCGGAUAAAACAUAUUGUUCCUGGACAACUACCGAGAGUUUCAUUCACGGGAGGCAUGAGAGAAAUGCAGGGGCAACAGCUACUACUACAACAGCAGAGAUCUGCACAAGCGAGCAAUUCCACAGUACAAACACAUGCAACCACGGUUCCAGUAGUAACCUCUGCAAUCGCCGCGACUCCCAAUGCUCAUACAAAUGCAAGACAGCUGCCUAUAUUGCAAGCUCAACUGCAGCAAGUUGGUAACGUUGGAAAUGUUACUGCAGUUGGUACAGUUGUUGGAACCGUGGGAACAGUGGGGUCUGUUGGAAACGUGGGCACAGUCGGCACAGUGGGAGCAGUGGGCACAGUGGUGGGUACUGUGGGCACCGUGGGUACAGUGGGGGCUGUUGGAACCAUGGGCAACGUUGUUAAUGUGGCGGCCAAUGUUGCUGUUGAGACGGCCUUGAAACAGCAGCCAUCACCUACUACACCGCGGUUGUCCCCACAGGCUUCAACAAACCAAUUACUAGCGCAGCAGCUAACUAAUCCACCACAACCACUGAAUCCUCAAAAGAUGCAAUCCGCCAUCAUACACAUACAACAUCCUCUUAUGUCUUCUGCUGGAACAUCACAGGUUCAGAGUAUACAAUACACUAAUACAACAACGACACAGCAAAAAGCCACAAUAACAAAACCAAGAUCAACAAAUCCGGCCAUAAACGCGCUCGUCACCAGUCUAAUGAAUUCUGCGCAACAGUUUCAACAAGCGGCCAGUCAGAACGCAGCGAAGGCGGUAGUGAGCACGGCGAGCAGCAACGCCACGAUCCUCAACCUGCUGAACAGCGCGCCGGCCGCCAUGACGCACGCGGGCGCCGACGCGCUGGACUCGCACAAGCUGCUGUCGCGCACCGUGUCCAUCGCCGGCGCGCGCCUGCUCGCCUCCAGCGCCGCGCACACCGCGCACACCGCGCACACCGCGCCCACCUACACGCAGGUCAUGAGCUACACGCGUGAAAAUGAUUCCACGAACGUUUCAAGCAGUGAGAGCGCUUUAUUAGAACGACUUAUGGGUCCAGAACCCGCAGCCACGCCCCCUUCGCAACCGCAGCCACAACCGCAGCCGCAACCGCAGCCGCAACCACAACCGCAACCGCAACCUGUGUGCCAUUUACAGGGUCUCAGUUUAACAUCGCUGCAAGGCUUACAAAGCAUCCAGGGCUUACAGAACGUUCAAGUACAAAUACCGGGACUUUCGGCUCCCAUAUCUCUGUCGUUGAAUGUCUCCGGUUCGUCGAGCGGGCUAUUGGUGUCAGUUCCGCCCACUACUUCCGUUGUACUCACUAAUCAACCUUCGGUGCUAUCGUUACCUAUUGCCCAACUGAUGUCCGGCGGAGUGAAGGGCGGCGUGCGCGGCGGCGCCGUGCAGGUGGUGCGCGCGCCGCGCCCGCCGCGCCUCGCGCGCCCCGCGCCCCGCGCGCCGCCCCCGCCCGGCGUCGGUACCACGCAAUUUAUAACCCAAACGCAAGCGCAGACUCUGAAUACCCAUCAAGUGCGCCGAAAAUCAAAUCCUGAUAGUUCAUAGUAAAUGCUAAAACUCUAUAUCACUGCCGAUUUAGUAAAAUUAAGUGUAAAUAUUUGCAUGUAUUAGAAGAAAUUUGUAUAUUAUCUUAGUGACCAAGUGAAGUUAAUCUGCGUGCAAUAUGCGAUUCUAGCAGAGUAUAUUAUAUAGAAAGAAACGGACUUUCGAAUGAUAUUCGUUUACUAAAAACUCAAAUACGUAACGUUACCAUGAGUUUCCCACUGAGACUGAAAGGUUUAAUGUAAUGUUGCACUAUCGAAAAUUCGGAAUUUUAUUAAUAAAUUCAUAGACAAUUUAUUGAAAUGAAUUCUGAAAGUUAAUAAUCGUAUAGUUCAUCUUUUUUUGCCAUAUACUUUAUCAUAAUCAUCAAUGUAUGUAUACUAUUAUAUAUUUGAGUCACAAAUAAUUUAUAAAGGUAAUCGAUAUGAUUUUAAUAAAAUGCGUGUUUAAUUGGAUCAUGACAGGAACGACUAAAUUGUAAGCGUUAUUUAAAUAUAGAACAUUCGAGAAAUCCAAUUACUAUAAUGAAAAGAUUUUAUAUCUUGUUAGAAAUGUUUGUAACGAUUGUAAAUUAUUAGUUAUUUUUAUGUGAAAUAGUAAAAUUGUCGCUGCGUUUGUAAAUACUGAUAUUUUAACAUAAAUAAAAUGCCUUCACGUUUAAAUAAAAUUGAAGAUAUUGUACUUAAUGUAAUGAAAUAUUUAACGGAUGGCGGUUAGGGUUGUUAUGUUUAUUGGUUUAUGCUAAAUCAGUAUUAUAGUUGCUGCGCGCGCAAUUUUAUAUAAAGAUAGAAACAGUUUGAUAUCUCACAUCAAUAUUCUUUACACUAAUCGUUCAAUUUAUUUUAUAUAUUAUUAUUAUUCUUGCUGUAAAAUGACAUGGAUAUCUAAUUUGAUUUUUAUAUAUACAUGGUGUUUUAAUAAACUGUGUUUAUCUUUAUAUGUAAUUAAAAUAAAGUACAAUGUAAUUAAUAUGUAAAUAUGUAAUAUACUCAAUUCAUCACAGGAUGGCAGUUUGAAAGAAUGAAAGUUGCUUCGGAUGUUAAGUUUUGCUAUGUGUUCAAUUAGUACCUAUUGAAUGCUACAAUCGUAUAAAUUUAAGGCAUACUAGCUUUAGAAAGGGAUUGAUAAUAUUGUAAGAUUUCAUAAUGUUAUUUGCGACGUAACUGAUUUUAAAUGUGAUUUAAACAUCGAAGAUUUUGUAUUUAAAACAGGUUUAUUCAAAUCGGGCCACAAUUCUAUCUACCGUUAUUCAAGUUUUUCAAAAAUAUGAUUAUCUAUACAUUUUUUUUAAUAAAACCAUAUGAUAUUACUCAAUAUUAUUUAAAAUAAUAAAUGAUUCUUAAUGAUUUUUAAAAUUAAUAUUAUAUAUUUAAUAAUUCAUUUCUUAAAUAGUUAAUUUGUUCUUAUGUUCUAAAUGUAAUGGAAUACCGCAUUUUGGAUAAAUUUUAAAUGAGUUUGUAGACGUAGACUCUCUUUUAACGGUUUUCGCUUUAAUAUUGACCUUGGAAGUAAAUGGACGUAAAUAGUGAAUGAAUGAUCAAUUUGAAUAUAUUAAAAACUAAUUCUGUAUUAUAUCUAUUGGUAUUAAAGUCAAUUAAAUAGUUUAUUUUAAAUUUGUAAUUAUGACAUGGUUUAAUAAAGUUCGAUAUAAUUAAAUAGCAUAGCAUAAUAUUUUAUGUCCAAAUGUAAUUUUUUUUUUCAUGUGAUACAAAAUGGCGUUUCACAAGAAUAUGUUUUUACCAAUUUUAGAUUAUCAACUUUUAGAUAUUUAUUAUUCAGGAGAUAGAUAAAUAUAAAUUAAUAUCAUAUUCCUAUACAAUCAAGACCAACCAUGUUUUGUUAUUUCUGACCGAUAUUCGCGACAUAAAUAUUUAAGAAAUUAAAUUAAUAUUGUUAAAUGUAAUUUUGUAUUGCAUGAAACAAUCUAGAUCAAUCUAUCGAAAUAAAAUUGUUGAAGUUUUUUUUUUUUGUAUAACACAUUUCAUGCGAAUCUUUCUUCGAGAGAUUUAUAAUUGUAGGAUUAAUUUUAUUCGCAUAUAGAAUAGCCCUUUCUGGCUCAUCUGAUCUUUGGUAGAACAACGGUCAAAGAGCAAAACUGCAGGCAAUAUCUAAAUAUAAAAAUGAAAUAGGUACAUUUAAGUAUACUAUUUAUAUAAAACAUUAUUUUUAUUGUUAAAACGCGCACAAUUUCGUUACUAUAUUAUGUCAAUGAUUAAAGCUUGGAAUAAAAGAAUUUAUUGAAUAAUUAUAUUUUUACACUAUCACUGUAUAUACCGAUAUUAAGUGUUAAUAGUGUUGUUUUAAUACAAUACGUGACAUUAGUAUGACGUGUUAAUUUGUUUGAAAAUGUUGCUGUUAACAUAUAAAAGCAAUGUCUACAACGUAGCUAAAUAAACGGGCGUAUUGUUGAUCUCAUUUGUUUAUGGACAUAUAGCUCAAUAUGUAGGGUUUUCUUUUUGUAAAAUAAACUCAAAACUUUAUCCGAAUGUAAAUUGUCUAUUAUAAGAUAUUAUAAUAAAUUGUGUAUAUAUUUUAAUAAAGAUUUUUUAUACAAAUAAUCCAAUUUUGUCACUCAACUGUAUAAAGUUUCCAGUGUCAACAUAAGUACUUCGAUAUAUUGUAGAUUGUAAAUAUAAUUGAUAGU